GUUGACGCCUAUGAUAGAUUUGUUGUAAAGGAAAAAAAAGUCAACAUGCUUCGCAAAAAGUGAAGAUUACAUCCAAAUUAGAGUCUUGUCGGUUAGCAAUUUAUAAAUCCCAGGAUGUCUAUGACUCACACAGUACGUAAGCCUGUGGUAAACCCCACUAGGACUCAUGAUUAUUUGUAUGAUACAGUACACACACUUUCCAGUGAACGAGAUCAUGCAAGGGCAACAUUCAAGGCACACACGAAUACAGAUCGUGUUAAACGAGUGCCACAGUACAACACUAUAUUUAGUGAACUCCGCCAUCACCCUCGGUUUACGAUGCGCCUGGAAUCCACAGAUCCGGUGCCCAAAUUCAUAUCUCGACAGUGGCGCGGCUAUGCUGAACAAAAUCGGGAGGCACUUAUAAGAUAUACAACGUUUAACUAUGCCCCACACCUUCAAGUUCCUCCCAAGACUUUUGCUGAUCCACAAGUGUCUGGCAGAAACCGCUAUCGAUAUUUCCGUCGCCCGAUUAUUCCAUUCCUUCAACAGGUUCCACCAGAAGUGAUUUUGCAGCAAUCUAGAAUGGAUCCCCUUGGACAUCAUGAGCACAUGCAAGAGAGGGCACCAACACCGCUCACGAGGACGGUUGAAAUCCAAACAGAUUAUCGGGAGAGCGAGACUCAAACUGACCCAUAUACUCCCGAGUAUGUUGUCCGACCAGGAUCCCAACCAGAGCUGCUUACCCUGGCAACCUUAUCAUAUGGUCAUGGUUUACCUGCUGGUCUAGCUGAAGUAGAAAUGAUUGAGAGAGCUCGUGCCAAGAGAGCUUGGGAGGAAACACUGCCACCAUUGAAUGAUGUUAGCCAGCUGGAGAAAAGAAAGAGAAUGAUGGAGGAGAUGGAGAGGAAAGAGUGGGCUCUAAGAGAGGAAGAAAUCGAAAAAUUACAGGAAGCCAGGUUAGAAAUGCUGCAGAAGAUCCUUAAGGAGAGAGAGGAAAACCACAUGGAGUUGAAUAGUAAACGACUGGACAAACUGUGGAGCAAAAAACAGAAGGAAAAGGAAAAGAAAGUGGCAUGGAUAAGAAAAGAACAUAUAAAAACUAUUCGGAGAUUGACAGAGAAGCGUCGUAAAGUUGAAGGCAAACUGGAACGCCGGGAUAUCACUAAAUCCUACGCAGAGUAUGAUUCUCAGGUGUAUGCGCCGAUGACGCGACUUGGUGUCUUCCUGGAUAAGGGAUCAGAACAGAAUGUUGUGAAGAGUAAAUAUUUGACCACUUAUCAAGGUCUUCUUGAACUUGAAAAUUACCUUCCUGCUUAUGUGACUCAACCCCGAGUGAAGGCACCACGACCAAAGAGCCAAGGGAAGACAGGCUUCAUAAGGAGGGCUCAGCGAAAAGAGAAAGAAUUAGAUGAAGUUUACAAAGGAAUUAAAGCUGCCAAGAAUAAAGGCCAAGAGGCGGCUAAGCCACUGCGCUUCUUACAGAAGAUUGAGAAACCAAUUCCAAGGCCACCAACACCCACGGUUGACAUACCUGACCAGCAGGAAGAGGAGAAAGAGUUAGCCAUCAUCUUUCUCCAGCAGGUCAUUCGUGGCCGUGCUGUCCAGAAUAUGAUGUUUGAAGGGAAGGAGAAACGACAAGAACUUAUCAAUGAACUCCGCAGUACACAUGCCCUCCAGGAGGCUGAACAGCAGAUAAACAAGGAGGAAAAGCAGGUGACGUUGAACCUGCAAAGACAGCGCAAGCUUUAUGAUCAGAAGGAGUCAUACAUUGAUGAAGCUCUGUCUGGUCUUGAGGGAGCAAGCAUUGGUGACACCCUGGACUUCCUCAGCAAGGAAUUGGUCCGCCUACAAGAAGAGCGUCGCAUCCACGCUUUCGCCAUGCUUGCCGAGCGCCAGAGGCGUAUCAGAGAAGCAGAGGAGUCCGGCAGGCGACAAGUUGAAGAACGGAGGAGACGAGAGGAGGAUGAAAUCUUUAAGCAAGUGAUCAAGGUGCACCAGAAGUCGGUGGAUACGUACCUGGAGGACAUCAUCAUGGGUUCCGUUGAGCAGACUGCAUCGAAACAAGCACGGCAGGAGAUCCAGGUGAUGGCAGACCAGAUUAAUCAGGUGGCUUAUGAAAUGGAAGACAGACGGACUUCUCUAGAUUCUGAAGAGAUAGUAGCAGAGCUGGUUCACUCAUUCUUGCUUCCUGAGGUUCAGAAACUUACAAUCAGGGAAAAAAUUAAACAGACUCAGCGUAAGCAUUUACUGGCUGCUCAUAAUACCAUUCACAAGGAAGGAGAGGAAGUGAUCAGCCAAUACCCAAGUAGACGGAAACCGUCUAGACAAACACCAUCAUCUGCCAGAAGCUCUCCCAAGCCUGGUGAUGCUAAGACUCCAGGGGGCAGCAGACCUGCCUCUGCUAGUGGAAGACCACCUAGUGCAGGUUCAUCAAGAAAGUCUAGCAAGGGAUCUCGCAAAGGAUCAGCAACUGAACACCAGUCUCCAGCACCGGUUGCACCAUCAUCUUCAAGGCCCGGAAGUGCAUCUCGCAACUCACCGAUUCUAGAUCGUGUAGCAUCUGGCCAAUCAGGUGCAAGGAGAGGUUCAGGCUCAUCAACAAAAAGUGGUCGAGCUGAAUCACCCAAGGUUGCAAAAGAGAGGCAAACACCAUCUAUCUCUAGCCAAGCUACAGAUGUAUCUGUGUCUUCUAAACCACAAACACCCGUUGAUAAGCCUGUAGCAUCUUCACCUGUAAUCACACCAGUGCCUGACCCAGCCCCUGCAGCCCAAGAAACAGCCCCUCCCUCUGAGGCAGAGAAACAGCCAUCUGUUGAACCAGAGCAAACUGCCAACAAAAAUGUAGCACCAGAAGAAAUACAGAGCCAACUUGAGAAUAAAACUGGUGAAGAUACACAAGAAGAAGCAAUGGCAGAUACUAAUCAAGAAGGUGAUAUUACUAACAAAGCUACUGAAGAUGAAGCUAAAGACCAACCUGGCGAACAAGACCAGGAUGAUAAUAAGCAAACUAUAGCAGAAGACAAGCUAUCGCCUAAAACGAUGGCCGAUAGCUCAACGCAGGAUUAACAAUUUUUUGUACGACUUAUUUUCUUUAUGUGACAAUAUUGAACUUGUAAGAUAUUAAUAAAUAUACGAAUAAAUAUUAUACUUCCAUCCAUUUCUAUGAUUGUGGAUACAUUUCUGUGGAAUUAAAUAUCAAAUUUUACUUGUUAGCAUUUUUCAAAUCAGAUGGAAUAUAGCAUUAAAUGUUAGAAAACUUAUUCUCUGUAAAUAUAUAUUAUCAUGUUAGAUUCAGUAAUAUAAUGUAAAUAUGAAUAACUAAUACUUCCAUCCAUUUCUAUUAUGGUCUAUACAUAUCCUAGGAAUUGAAUUUUUAUUAAAUUUUAUUUAAAUGCAUUUUUCAUUUAAAAUCAAUUGUCUGAUUACCCUAUUACUGUACAUCAUAUUAAGAUUCUGUAAUAUAUAGAAAAUAUCUUUCAUUAGAAGAUGAAUAAAAUAACUAUAAUAAAAUAACUAUAAUAAAAGUUGAUAUUGGUUAUGUGCAAAGUUUCUAAUAUUUAAAAAAAACUUUUAACUAGAAUUUUGUCAGUACAGUAUGUCUAGUAACAUAGGUAGUUUCAGUCAUGUGAUUCUUAUGAUGGGCGUGGAUCAAAUACUGUAACUUAAAUAUUACAGUAUCAUUAAGCAAUUAUUUGUUUAUAAAGACCACAUAGAAAUUGAUUCAUGUUUGUUUGACCAUAACGUAAUUGCACUGUACUACCAUGCUACUGACAAGUUCUUUCUUCAUUUCAGUAUUAAUUGUCAAUGUCAAACACUGUAAAAUAUAUGGUUUGAAAUUCA